AAACAAUUGGCGUCGCUUGGUAAUUGGCUUGGUACUGGUGUACAAACUGAUCCAGGCUGUUUAAAGUCUUAAAAGAAAAAUGAGCUACAUUCACAUCCCUCAUGACCGGCCUCUUGAAUACAGGACAGCUUUCCAAAUCCUGCAAACACAUGCCAAACAGCAACCAAAUAAGGAAGCCAUUGUUUUCCGUGAUGAGAAACUCAACAGAGUUUCCCUAACAUUCCAGGAAUUCGACACCAUGUCCAGUUCCCUCGCUGCUGGGUUACUUGAGAUAGGAGUUGGACGAGGAGAUAGAGUUCUUGUGCUCCUACCAUCGUAUGUGGAGUUUGUUCUGUUCCAUCUGGCAUUGAACAGAAUCGGUGCUGUCAUGAUAGCCAUCGAAGAAGACUCCUAUCCGGCCGUCUUUGGUAUCCCAGAUCUCGCCUGUGUCAUCACUCGUGUUGGACCAUCUGUCGUCAACAAUGACAAAGUUAUCAGUGAAACCAAAAAAGCCCUGUACCAGAACAUGCUCAAGGCUGCAGUACUAGUAGGCUCUGAUGCUGAUGCAGAUCUUCAAGAUCACCCAAAAGCUUACACGUAUCAAAAAUUGUUCUUAAUGGCCAAAGAGAAUCCAGAAAGUGCAGCAAAUGUCCGAAAAACAGAAGCCAAGGUCCAAAUGGAUGAUCCAUGUUUGGUUAUAUUUUCGUCCGGAUCCACCUCACUUCCAAAACCAAUCGAGUACACUCACCACGCCUACGUAAAUGGAGUCUACGCCAGUAUAAGAGGUCUACAAUUAAAUAAAGACUGCAUCUUGUUCUUCGACACUCCAUUUGACUGGAUAACAGGAAUAUCAUUUUGUAUUGGUUCUUGUGUUGUGCAAGGUCUAACUUAUAUUGAAUUCCCACCUAAGUCCGGCUUAGAUGCGAAGCAUUUGGUGACGAUCCUCAGUAUUAUAGCAGAAGAACGUGUUACAGUUGCUUCCUUUCCGCUGUACCGUUUGCAAGACAUGGCUAUCAACAAAGAACGGAUAAAGAGCAUGCGUCACGAUAUCAAGCUUCAGCACAUAACUGUAGGAGGACAACCAACCCCACUGUCUCUUUUGGAAGACGUUUUUGAAAUAUGGCCCAAAAUUAAAGUAAUUAACGCCUAUGGGUCGACGGAGUCAAACGUAUGUCUUAGCCAGGAAAUCGACAAAGAUAAUCUGGAUUCUCUAGACUACGGAGUAAUGAAUGUUGUUCCUGGAAUGGAAGUCAAGAUCGUGAAUGAAAACGGUCAACUGUUGCCGCUUGGUGAAACAGGUGAAAUCUGUCUGCGGUCAGCUUGGGUUUCGUUCUGUAACUGGGACUACAUGGACCCUGACCUGGAAGGGCGAGUAGAUACCAGCAGGAAAUCCAAUGGAUGGCAUUCUUCUAAAGAUGUUGGAAUUGUUGUCAAUCAAAAUUGCAUCAGAUUACUUGGUCGACUUGAUUUCAUGAUGAAAGUAGCCGGCGACUCCAUUCCACCAUCUCUUGUUGAAAGUACGUUACAAGAACACCCUGAUGUCAAGAAAGUGUGCGUCGUUGGAGUUCCUGACGAGCGAUUGUACCAGAAGAUAUGUGCAUGUAUUAUACUCAAACAGGAUCACCGUGACAACAGGAAUGACCUCAAUGAGAAAUUCGACCAAUGGGGCAAAGAUAAAUUCUGGGAAUCUUCCAGUGGGUUCAUGAUUAAACCCCAUUACUAUGUCUUUCUUGAUAGUUUCCCCGCCACUCGUACGGGUAAAGUGAAUCUUAGAGAAGUGAGAAAAAUUGCAAUAAAGGAAUUAGGACUGAUGCAAUAGAAAAAUCAAGAUACAUCAAGAAUAGUCACCCUUGCAUUUAAUAGUCGUUUAAUACUUUCUGUUAAAAAAAUAAUCAAACUCAAAAAAAUGAUGUCAAUGUACUUAGCACUUUAUACCAUUAGACGUUUCUCACAAUUCAAGUAGUUGACAAUAGUUUUUAAAGUAUUCAAUGAUUUCUUGGCCAUAUAGUUGGUAUGAGUUAUUAAUAAAGAACGAAAAGUACCUACAACCAACUCA